AUACUUAUGUAUAAUAAUGAUUGUACAAUAGGAUUCAUUCCAAGAUAGGUAUUAGAGUAAAUCGGUACUUCAGACGAUUACAAAAAAUGUCCAUAAUGAAAUCCACCAGUUUUUGUGUUUUUUUGUCGAUUUUUGUUUUGUUUGUUGUUGCUCAAAAUCUACCCGUAGGUUACGCACUUGAAUGCUACCAAUGUGAAGCCAAUGCUGGGAUAGGUUGUGAAAAAAACUUUACAUCAGUCCUUCAUGAAAACUGCACAACUGGUUUUUCCUGCGGUAAAACUGUCUGGAAAGUUAACGAUGUAACAAGAUAUGAAAGACGAUGCGCUGCUUCGACAUAUUGCGAGGACCAAAAAGCAAUAGCAACAAGGGAAAACAGAACACUCGUUAGUUGCAGUUUGUGUAACGCGACCUUGUGCAACUCUGGGAACCAUGUUAACAUUCCUAUUGUCACCUUAGUAAUAUCAAUCUUGGUUUCACUCAAAGUAGUCUGUAAUUUUUAAAUAAUAUUAUUUAUAUAAGCGAAUAUUGUCAUCUUUAAUUCUAAUAAAAAUGGAAUGUUUAAUUAUUA